AUGUCGCAAUACUCUCUCCGCAGAGGACAAUCAGACCAGCCUCAGGCAAUACCGUAUCGUCAGUCCUCAGUGGCGUCCACUGCUUCCACUUUCUCGGCUGCAUCGAGCAUGUUCGGGCCAAGUCGUAUGAGCACCGUGACCUCGACAACGUCUAGCGCAUACUCGACCGGCAGCAUUGGGCAUAAGAGAGGGCAGAGUGAAGCAGCCAUGGGCCCAAUUAAGGAUUAUGGCGGUCACAGCAGUAUCGAAAACAGCCCAGAUCACUUCUACCGAAACGCUCGCCAUUCACUCCGGCCAUUACCACAAGCUCCAAAUACCCCGUCUCCGCCCAACACGAAGCGAAAGAGCUCCUACCAUGCCCGCGCCAACACUCUCGACCGGUUCCCGCAAACUCAAUCAGAAGAUCCCUUUCUGUCGCAUAUACAUCUGAAUAGUGUCUCCUCUCCACAAUCACCACGACCUCGUCCUCAACAUGCUAUGAGUAGUCCACAGCAGCCCGCCUUCAAAGCGCCGGACUUUGAAGAGCUUCAGAAGUCGUCAACAAGCCAUCUCCGAGCACUGUCAAAGUUUACUCGCGAUGCGGACUCGGAAGAAUAUGGCAUAACUAGGCCAGCUCCAUCUGUCGUUGGCCUCACCAACAGAAGACAGCUCAAAAGGGUCGACUCAACCGUAGGUCACGCGCGGGCGAACAAGUUUGGCUUCGAGAGGAAUUGGAUGGAUAAGCAACGACAAUUCCUUCAGGCUUACGAGUAUCUGUGCCACAUCGGUGAGGCGAAAGAAUGGAUUGAGGACAUCAUCCACAAGUCUAUACCUCCAAUUGUUGAGCUGGAAGAGGCGCUUCGAAAUGGCAUUACCCUCGCCGAACUGGUACAGGUUUUCUACCCCGACCAACAGCUUAAAAUUGUGCGGGACCCGAAGCUCAAGUUCAAGUACACCGACAAUAUCGUGCUCUUCUUCCGCUUCUGUGAGGAGAUUGGCCUUCCCGAGCUCUUCCGAUUUGAGCUCAUCGAUCUCUACGAGAAAAAGAACAUUCCCAAAGUUAUUUACUGUAUCCACGCCCUCUCCUGGCUACUGUACAGAAAGGGAAUGGUCGACUUCAGAAUAGGUAAUCUCGUUGGACAACUUGAGUUUGAGCACCAUGAGCUUGAGCAGACUCAGCGAGGGCUUGACAGAGCUGGCGUGAGCAUGCCCAGCUUUGCUGGUAUGGGCGCCAGCUUUGGAGCAGAGCCUGAACCGGAGCCGGUUGAAACAGAGCAAGAACGAAUCGACCGCGAAUUGCAUGAAGAAGAGGGAGCUGUUCUGGAGCUUCAGUCCCAGAUUCGUGGAGCCUUGGUUCGCCUCCGUCUGGGCGAUACGAUGCAGUCUCUGUGGGACAAUGAAGAUGCCUUGAUCCGUCUGCAGUCGCUGAUUCGGGGCGACUGGGCGCGUCAGGUCACUGAGUACAGGCUGAAUAUGCAACGCUUCGCGACCGAUCUACAGGCCGCCACUAGAGGCUUCCUUGCAAGGUCCAAUCAACAGCGUAAAGAGCAGCUAUGGAAGGCUCGGGAAAAGGAUGUCGUCAGAAUCCAGAAUCUCAUCCGGGGCCAUCGGGCCCGAGUUGAGACCCAAAAUAUCAAGACGCAGGCACAGCAACAUGUCCAGGGCGUCAAAGCUUUCCAGGCCGCUGUACGCGGCGCACUGGCUCGGAGGGACGCUCUCGAUCAACAAGAUGCGGUAAAGGAGUCGGAGGCAGAUGUGCAGGCCCUGCAAGGAGUCGCUCGAGGUAUGCUGCAGCGGCGCAGUUUGCAGAAGGACCAGGAUCUUUUACGCCAGCAAGAGUCCAGAAUUGGACGAGCGCAAGGAUUGAUCAGGGGCCUUCUCACGAGACAGUACCUGUCCAAGGAGCGGCAGUCUCUCCAGAAGUUCACUGCGCAAUGGUCCAGCCUCCAGUCUGCUGUUCGUGGGCGUGCUGUUCGGCAGGAGAUCUCAGAAGUCAAACGCGAGCUAGGGAGUCAUCAGCCAGUGAUCUCUCAAGUGCAAGCAGCCAUCCGAGGUGCCAAUACACGCGAGGAUUACAAUGCUUUGCGUCUCGAUCUCUUGAGGCAGUCAAGCGCCGCGAUCCCCUUCCAAGCAAAGAUUCGUGGGUUUGUCCUUCGACACCGCAUCAGGGAACAACGCAAGGCGCUGGAUGAACAUACCGGCACCAUCGAGAAACUCCAAGCAUUCUCACGAGCUUGCAUUCUAAGGGCUCGAGUAGCUGAUACACUGGCUGACCUUGAACUGAACGUUGACGAGGUCAUAGAGCUUCAGUCUUUAACACGGGCUAUGCUUUGCCGCCAGCACGUGGGUGACUUGCUCUCAGAGCUUGAUGAGCACGACGAAGCUGUAGUCGAGUUACAGGCCUUGAUCAGAGCAGGGGCCGUCAGGAAGCAAUUUGCAGAGAAACAGAAAUAUUUCAAGGAAAACAUGCAGAAAGUCAUCAAGAUUCAGAGCGUCGUCCGGGCCAAAAUUCAAGGUCAAGCCUAUAAGAGUCUGACCGCAGGAAAGAAUCCGCCCGUGAACACUCUCAAGGGAUUUGUUCAUCUUCUCAAUGACAGUGACUUUGAUUUCGACGAGGAAAUCGAGUUCGAGCGAUUACGGAAGCUGGUCGUCCAACAUGUGCGUCAAAACGAGCAUGCCGAUCAAUAUAUCCAACAGCUCGACAUCAAGAUCGCGUUGCUAGUCAAAAACAAGAUCACGUUGGACGAAGUCAUCAAACACCAGAGGCAUUUUGGUGGUCAUGUCGGGACUCUCCUGCCAAAUUCUGAAAUGGCGUCGAAGGAUCCUUCCGACCUCAAAGCACUUAACAAGACCUCGAGGCGCAAGCUGGAGCACUAUCAAGAUCUUUUCUUCCUGCUCCAGACACAACCUCAGUAUCUCGCCCGUCUCUUCCGACGCAUUCGUGAGCAGAACACAUCUGAAAAGGAAGGUGAAAAGAUCAAGCAUGUGGUGAUGGGCCUAUUUGGGUAUGCACAGAAGCGUCGUGAGGAGUACUACCUGACGAAGCUCAUCGCACGGUCCGUCAAGGAGGAAGUUGACUCGUCAAUGUCCCUACAGGAUUACAUCCGCACCAAUGCAUUCUGCUCGAAGCUCUUUGCUGCUUAUGUCAAGUCGCCACGAGACCGAAAAUACCUUCGCGAUGCUAUGGGUGCAUUGGUCAAGGAGCAUUUUCUGGACAAUCCCCACCUAGACCUGGAAAGCGAUCCCAUGCAAAUUUACCUCUCAGCUAUCAACAACGAAGAACUUCGGACAGGUCAUCGCAGUCAGCGAAAUCCGAAUGUCCCUAGAGAGGUUGCGCUGCGCGAUGAGGAGACCCGGAAGACCUUCAUCGCUCACAUGGAGACUCUACGCGAUAUCACCGAUCAUUUCUUGCUCUGCUUGGAAGAGACUUUGCAUCGAAUGCCUUUCGGUGUUCGUCACAUAGCACAACAGACCCACAACCACCUCAUGGCUCGCUUUCCUGGCGAGGACCCUGGUCUAGUCCUCCAGCUAGUUGGACAAUGGCUCUGGCGUAACUACCUUCAGCCUGCCCUACUUGAACCCGAAAAGUUUGGCGUUGCCGACCGUGCCAUGACCCAGGAGCAGAAGCGAAAUCUGAGUGAAGUAUCCAAGGUCCUAAAUCAAGCGGUACUAGGAAGGGAGUUUGGUGUGGACAACGUGUACAUGCAGCCACUCAACAACCACGUUCGCGAGUACAUCCAGCGAUUCGGCGACCUCUGGAACCAUGUGAUCUCGAUUCCCCCAGCUGAAGAGCAUUACGACAUCGACGAAUUCAACGACCUGUACGCGAAGAUAAAGCCGACACUGUACAUCAAAAUGUCUGACAUUUUCUCCAUUCACAAGCUGCUCACGUCCGAGAUCAGUAGUGUCUCACCGAACCAAGACGAUGUGCUACGCGAAAUCAUGCGGGAACUGGGUAGUGUCCAGAGCAGCGAGAGCGAGCUCAAAGUUGUAAGCACGGGUGAGAUCAGUCUCACCUUGACGCCAAAGCUGCUCAACGCUGAAGAUCCCGACGCUGAAGUGAAGGCACUUUGGACAGAGACAAAGAGAUGCGUCUUGCACAUAAUCCGCAUCCAGUCUGGUACAAGCUUGCUGGAGAUUCUCGUCAAGCCAAUCAAUCCGGAAGACGAAGACAAAUGGGAGGAUCUUGUUCGGGAUGAGCUCUCAUCAAACAACAGCAGGGGCGCUUACGCAGACGCGCACAACAUCCUCGAUAUCGCAUCACUUAGCUACCCCGACCUCAAACGGAUCGCACUCGAGAACGUUCUUGAACUGCAGCGCAUCGGUCGUCUUUCCCAGCACAACAACUACCAAGACCUUCUCAACGCCAUCGCAGUUGAUAUCCGGACCAAGCAUCGCCGACGGGUGCAACGCCAACGCGAAUUAGAAAAUGUGAAGACCACCCUGGAGCGACUGAACGAACAAGCAGUGUAUCUCGAAGGCCAGCUCAAGACGUACAACGACUACAUUGAGCAGGCCAUGGUGACACUGCAGAACAAGAAAGGAAAGAAGCGUUUCUUGUUGCCUUUCACCAAGCAGUGGGAUCACGAGCGUGAGCUGCAGCGCUCCGGGCGUUCCUUCAAAUUCGGCUCGUACAAGUACUCGGCUCGCAAUCUUGCAGACAAGGGUGUCCUCGUACACUGGCGCGGUUACCAGGAGAGUCAGUGGGUCCGUGUCGACCUGACGAUCUCCAGUAAUGAAGUUGGCGUCUUCACCAUCGAUGGGAGUUCAGGCAACAUGAUGAUUCCCGGAGCGAAUGCGCAGGUACCGCUGGACGACCUGUUGCAAGCUCAGUUCAACAACACGCAAUUCAUGGAAUUCUUCGAAGGUGGCGUGCUCAAGGUGAACGUCAACCUGUUCUUGCACUUGAUAAUGAAGAAGUUUUAUAAUGAAUGA